AUUUCUGAAUAAUUCAGGUACUCAUGACCUUCCUUCCUUCCCCUUUGAGAAAACAAUCUUCUUCCUCAUUCGAUCCAGACCAAUUAAAAGCUUUCCCCUUUCCCCCUUCGUCUUCUCGCUGUCAAGCUUCCACCUUUCUCCACCACUCUCACUCUCCCAAAUCUCAAUCGCUCUCUCUCCGAUCAAAAACCCUCUCUCAGAUCUAAUGUCAGAAGGGUACGCGAUCGAGCUCUACUUCGACCCAGCGCUGGAGAACCAAGUCCUCAAAGCCUGGAACGUCUUCGCCCGCCGCCAAAUCAGCACCAAGCUCAUCACCACCGAGUCCCGCCCCCACCUCACCCUCCUCUCCACCUCCUUCCUCGACUCCUCCAAGCUCGAGCCCAUCCUCAAAGCCUUCGCGUCCAAGCAAGAGCCUCUCCCUCUCUCCUUCUCCUCCAUCGGGAGCUUCUCCGGCGACAACAACGCCCUCUUCCUCUCCCCCACGCCCUCCCUCUCCCUCCUCCAGCUCCAGGCUCAGCUAAUCGACGCUGUGAGGAAAGAAGGUUUCGAGAUCGGCGAGGAGUAUCGUCAGGACUCGUGGGUCCCGUUCUGUCCCGUGGCGGUCGAUGUGCCUCGGGCUCGUAUGGCUGAGGCUUUCUCGGUGUUGAGGGACUUGAAGAUGCCCGUGAGUGGGUAUGCGAUGGAUGUUGGGGUCGUUGAGUUCUCUCCUGUUCGUGAAGUCUUCUCUUUUGCUCUUGGAUUCAACUGCUUAUCAGCGUGAAUCAUUACUUUAUGCAGAAGAUCUGGGGCAAGUAUGUAUAUGAGGUAAAUGAAAGUGAUGGGUGUUGUAUUGAGGCAAUGUUCAAUAACUUGCUAAGUGGUGGUGGUUGGAGGCCUUAUAGAAGUUUAUUGUUUAAACGGUAGACCAAUUUUUCGAAUGUCUAGACCGAUUUCAAGAAAAAACACAUGUCUACAAAAAUUG